AUGCCGUCGAUUUUUGUGCAGCACCAGCGCAUGCGAAUGCUGUACCGGCUUUUGCUGGUGCUGUCUGUGGGCAUGUUGCUUGCCGCGGUAGUUAGCGGCGAUUUUCGGCAAAUACUGCACAUGCUGCCUCUUUGUGGCUUGCUGAUGCUAUCAGCUUUGAGGAUGUCUGGCCAAACCGGCAUUGACUUCUACAACUCCCGUCAGAUGAGGUGGCACAUAGUGUCGACCUUGGCCAUUUGUGUGUGCAUGAGUUUGAGCUAUGUCGAUGAUCUGCGAUCUCGCAGUUGGGUUGGCUUUGCAGAGGUAGCUAUUUUGGCCCCUGAGUUGCUCACGAUGAGCAAAAGAGAACGAAGCCCUGCCAGAACAUUGCAAGAGUGCCUCUUCAAAGUGUGGCUGGGCACCGGUGUGAUCAUGUCCGUCAUGUCCCUGGUGAUCCCAGAACACAUGGCAGAUGUGCUGGAUGAAUGGGGUGCCAUCAGUCUGAUACUAGAAAAGAUAAUUUUAGGAGCGCUUGGUGAGCACCACACUUCAUGUACAGUGCUGCAAACAGGAGACUUGCGCCGCUUCCAUUCUGAGCCAUAA